AUGGCGAAGCAGGAUGAUGGCCUCUUCCUCCUGGAAGUACUCAUCGACAAAGUACUAUUUGUGAAAAGUCCCUGCUUCUCUGACAAGGACUUUAGAACAUGUGUUACCAUAGAAGCACAAUCAGUAGAACCACUUGAAAUAUGUGACGAUGAUCCCGGAGCGUGCUCAGCCAAAAGUGGAGGGCCUUUUGUUAAGACGUUCAAUAGUGGAAAGUCUUGUUUAUUUUCGCUUCAAGAAGCAGACAUCCAAAAAGCAAUGAGUAACUUCCCUAUAAAAGUAACAGUAUACAAGUCACUUCCUUGCGGUUGCCUACCAACUAAAAUUAUUAUGGGAGAAGCGACUAUAGAUAUGACAAAGGAAUUUGUACAAUCGCGUAAGAAGUUUUUGGAAGACCCCACGAAUGUUAGCUACGAAGCUUUGAAAGAUUCAUUUCGAAUUGUCGGCCCUGACAGUGGAGAGACGGGUGAAAUAGUUAUGUUCCUACGCAUUUCUUGCUUUGGUAAAUUAAUAAUAACAAGAUUCCAAGGUACAAGCGGCCCACCUAAUCUAAGAGCUGGACAAGGUCCUUCUAUAAUCGAUCGAUCUUGCAAUCCUCGAAGGGAGUUUCAAACCUUUCGAGAUCCUUGUGUUUGUGGCGCUGCUCAUGCGGCAGCGACCAGCGGAGCAUCUGGUAGCAUUGCUCCCUGCAAAACGCUUGGAGGAUCAGCUGGUGGUUAUGGAAUCUGUCCUUUAGCUCGAGACCCUUACAGUAUUAAGCCAUGUGAAGAUCCAGAUGAUCCUUGCUUUUGUUCUGGACCAAAACCACCUCCAAAACAACCAAUGGUUUGCAGAAAUACGGAUCCAUAUUGUUUGCAUGUUCCCAAAGGUCUGCGGCCACAAGGCACGCAAUUUACUUGCACCACAGAAGGAUGUAUCCAAACAGCCAGGCAUGGCCAGCAAGCAGUGUAUGCCCGGGGUGAUUCCAAAAAUGACGCACCUAAUAAAGACGUCUUCGUACUAAAAAUCGCUAAAACUGCAGUACAGGGUGAUAAAAAGAGUAAAAUAGAAUUGGAACUCGUUACUCCUAAGGGGCCGGACAAGAAGCCACCAGUUCGCAAAGUUAAUAUGAGAAUCGCAACCGAACCAGAUUAUUGCUGCCCGCCGGGGAACAAGGUCAUAUUCCAAAUGCCUUCGGACACCUGCGGUAUGAACCACAAGCAACGAGCCCACUUUCACUUCACGUCUGACGGAGUGGGAGACGUUGCCCGAGACGACCCUGCCCAGCUCAUGCCCACUACGGCAGAGGAAUACACCGGAGUUGUGUACGACUUUCCAAAUCAAGUGAUCAAAAUGCGUAUUGGGAAAGUCAUAGAGAUGCCAGGACGAAAAUCAAAACUGGAAUACCAAUUUAUCACGCCCACCGGGACGCCAGAAAAAGUAGUACCCGUGAUAGACACUCGCACUGCGCAAUGUGUAGCCACCUGUCCAGAUUGUUGUCCUUCAAAAUCUUCCAAACGAUCAUCGAUACCAUGCUCUGAAACAACGACAGUAGUCGAUGAGUAUCCACAGUCAUUUCCAGAAAAACUAAAAUUCUCAACUGAAUCAAUGCAAACUAAAUUAGAUAACUCUACAGCUUCACUGUGUACCAUCAGGUCUAAGAGGCGCAGCGUUUCAUUUUCAGACAAAAUCGAUUACGUAUCAAAGUCUUACAGUCAUUUCUCAAAUUUCCGGAAAAAAUACAACAGGGACGCAUCAAAAAGUAUAUUUGGUAAAAAGGAAACUACGGUCUACAUGACGCUGUUUAAUGAUUUCUGCCGUCGUCGAACCUCAGGAACACAAGCAACAGCUUCGGUAAAUAAAUGCUUACAAGCAAAACGCAGUAAUGCAUCUAGCUAUAAUCCUUACUGUACUUCCAACCCUAGUAAUAAUACCUCUAACUGCCAAAGUUUAACUACGCCAAAUCAAGAUAGUAGGCGACAGUCAUACCAAAAUAAUUGUGAAAGAUACUCUGAUGUUUACUAUUUCGGAAAAAAGAAGGAGGGGAUGGGAUCUAGAAGACGUACAUCAAGCGUUUCUGCUCAAAAUGACGGAAUUAAGUUGAGUACGGCAUCAGUUCAAGCUCAAUCGCACAGUAGUGCUUCUGGUGCACAAACUAAGAAGACCUCGGGUGCAAGCACUAACGGAAGAAUGGUUUCCAUCAAGGAAAAUCCAUGUCCAGGUGCAAUUCCCAACGCAAAGGGAGAGAUGGUUGCGACUGUGUCCCAUAUAAGAAUUGGACCAAAAGAUCCAUGUCCUGUGCACGGAAGAGAACCAUGCCAAGGCCCCAGAUGUAUUGCUGCUGCAGCAGCCCUAUCAGAAGAACAGGAACCUGUCAAGAUUUCAACCGCAACAAAUCCUCGACGCGGUGUUUUUGAAUUAGUAAUUCGUAGAAUGAAUGGAGCACCACUAGCAAGGAAUGAACUUAUGCUAGAAUGGACACCGCCGCCAACUCGUCCAUCUACCUGUGGAUCGCCGUGUGCGACGCCUUGUAUUGCCUUGAGCCCUGUCUGCCGACCUUCAAAAUGUAAGAUGGUAGUUUGCCGCCCCUCUCCGUGCAGGCCUGCUAGAUGUUGUAAAAAACCAUGUAAAAAGCCAUGUGGAGAGCCUUGUCGACCCCCGCCUUGUAAGAGGUGUGGCAAAUGUGGUAAAUCAUCAUGUUGCGGCAAAACGUGUCGACCUUGCAAGCCUUGCAGGCCUUGUGUACCUGCAUCACUAUAUAGGCCGUGCCCACGGCCUAAGUGUAAGCCUUGUUCACCACCACGUUGCAAGCCAUGCCCACCUUCGACUUGUAGGCCAUGCCCACCGUCGCCUUGCAAGCCGUGCCCACCGUCACCUUGUCGUUCUCCCUGCACUUCUCCUUGCAAAAGUUCACCAUGCUUACGACCUUGCCCCGUGGGAUACAAGAGGCCUCGCAAGAUACGCAGUCAACCUAAAAUAAAGGCGCACCGCAAAAUUAUAUCUCCCUGCUAUAAUCGCGCAAAAAAUUGCCCGGUAGUGCGCUGUCGUAGCGUACCCGAGCCGUGUGUUGGGUGUUGCAGAGUGGCUCCCUGCCCGCCCAGGAAGUGCUAUUCGGUGGCUCCGUGCAGGCCUCGCAAGUGCUACCCGACAUACCUGUGCUCUCCACGUGAAUCUACGCUUGAUGAGCCCAGCACGAGCGGAGCACAAGCCGAGCACAAAUAA